AUGAACGAGUGGUUGCGAAUGACUGACAUGACGUCUGAUAGUGAUGAUGACUUAGACAUUGACGACAACGGUUGCCUCAUUCCAACUGUUCAAGAACGUAACGCUGCAACUGAACCCGCUUGUGAUAGUGACUUGACACAAUUUCAAGCGGAAGUGUUACGGAGGGAGGAUGACGCUAAUGACCAAGCUAUACGAGACAUCAUUCCCGACGACUGUUACACUUUCGUUUGGAGUAAGAAUAGGGAAACUAAUAGGAAUGCGGAGCAAAAGAUUGCUUUGCUGCGAGAGCAAAACAUGCUAGCUCCGCAUUCCCAAUUUAACCGUUGGUCUCCCACAGACAGGGACGAAAUUGUAAGUUUUUUAGCAAUAAUUAUUUUACAAGGUCUCUACCCCUUACCGGAGGAAGAGGUCUAUUUCACAUUUAAUGGCUUUGGUACAAUGGCAUAUUUUGCUAAAAUUAUGUCUUACAACCGUUUUUUAUUGCUAAAAACCUUUCUCCAUUUCGUCGACAGUCAGACUUGUCAGGACACGACUAGACUUUGUAAAAUACGACCCGUGAUUGACUUCUUUAAUGAUAAAUUUUCCACCAUAUAUAUGCCUUCACAAGAGAUAGCCAUUGAUGAAUCUCUUCUUAAGUGGCACGGGAGGUUGAAUUUCGCACAAAAGAUUUCGUCAAAUGCGGCACAAGUUGGAGUCAAGACUUACGUGCUUUGCGAAUCUUCUAGUGGCUAUCUCUGGAAGUUUUUUGUAUACGCUGGGAAAGAUAAAACAAACACUACUACUGACAGCACUGACGGACAGGCUACACAGACUAAUGACAGACCAGUCAGGGACGAGGCCAUUGACAGAUUUGCUGAUGACGAGACAAAUGACAUAGCUAAUAAUGACGGAGCGAUUGUUGCAUCGACUGACAGAGUUAUGACUAGUGAAAGCGGAGACCGCCCCACGAGUGCUACGGCAAAAAUUGUUUACGACUUGAUCGAGCCGCUGCUUCACCGGGGGCAUACUGUAAUAAUGGAUAAUUUUUAUAAUAGUCCAUUAUUAUUGCGGAGCCUAAAAAAACAAAAGACAGACUGUUAUGGAACAUUCAGACUGAACCGGGAAUUCGUGCCUGAUUAUGUCAAGACUUUGACAAAAACAGAUCUUCGACAAGGUGAAGUAGUGGCCACGUACUGUUCCGAUUUAGCAAUUCUGGUAUGGCGAGACGCUAACAUAGUUAGCAUGAUCUCUACAUACCAUAAUCUCCAAGUCGGAACACAGGACAAGGUCGAAAAACACUGGAUGUGUCCUAAAAAGACCAGGACAAUUUGGAAAUGCGAGGAAUGUGAUGUCAACCUUUGCAUUGAGGGGUGUUUUAAGGCAUAUCACAAGCCUUAG